AUGCCAGAGGCCAACGACAGCUUCCUGGAGGGUUUCGUUCUGAUGGGUAUAUCUGACCAUCCCCAGCUGGAGAUAAUCUUUUUCAUGGUCAUUCUCUUCUCUUACUUACUGACUCUGCUUGGGAACUCAACCAUUAUCCUGCUUUCCUGGCUGGAUGCCCGGCUCCAUACUCCCAUGUACUUCUUCCUCAGCAACCUCUCCACCCUGGACCUUGCUUUUACUACUAGCUCAGUCCCGCAAAUGCUGAUCAACUUAUGGGGACCAGAUAAGACCAUAAGCUAUGGUGGCUGUGUGACCCAGCUCUAUGUUUUCCUCUGGCUAGGGGCCACUGAGUGUAUCCUGCUUGUGGUGAUGGCGUUUGACCGCUAUGUGGCAGUUUGCCGGCCCCUGCACUACACCACCAUCAUGAACCCUCGGCUCUGCUGGCUGCUGGCUGCCAUUGCAUGGCUGGGUGGCUUGAGCAACUCUGUGAUCCAGUCAACGUUCACUCUGCAGCUCCCCUUAUGUGGGCACCGGAGGGUGGACAACUUCCUGUGUGAGGUACCUGCCAUGAUCAAACUGGCCUGUGGAGACACGAGUCUCAAUGAGGUUGUGCUCAAUGGUGUCUGCACCUUCUUCACUGCUGUCCCACUAAGUGUCAUCCUGAUCUCCUACUGCUACAUAGCUCAGGCAGUGCUGAAGAUCCACUCAGUCGAGGGACAGAGAAAGGCCUUUAAUACGUGCCUCUCACAUCUGGUGGUGGUGUUGCUCUUCUAUGGCUCAGCUAUCUAUGGGUAUCUCCUUCCAGCUAAGACCAGCAACCAGGACCAGGGCAAAUUCAUUUCCCUCUUCUACUCUGUGGUCACACCAAUGGUGAACCCUCUCAUCUACACUCUGAGAAAUAGGGAGGUAAAGGGAGCACUAAGGAGGCUGCUGGGAAAGGGAAGAUCACUUGGCUGA